AUGGAGAAAAUAAACAAGAAAUUUUAUAGUCUAAAACGAUUGAUUUGCCAAAUCUUGUAACCCAAAAUAAAAAGAAUAGAUCUAAAAACCAUAAUGACACACCCUAGGGUAUAAAAAUAAAUCCAAAAUGGACUUACCUAAACUCAUAUUAAUAGAUGGAAACAAUACCUUUAAAUUAAAUAAAUAGGAUUAUUAUUAUAUUUAGUAACUCAAUUAGAUUAAAGUGAAAUUUUAGGAAUUAAGUAUGGUUUCUUUAUACAAAUAAAAAUUAAUCUGGCAAAUUAAGCAAAGAAGAGAUAAAUUUUACGUCUGAUGAAUUUCAAUGCUUGGAAAAUUAUUUUCAUAAUAAGAGUUUAAUUUAAAAUUUAUUUCACUUUUUUUUUGAACCAGCCAUAUAUAAGAGUGAAAAGUACUAAAAAUAUAUGUUCUUGUAUAUAUCAAUAGAUUGUCAAAUAACAAUAAUAAGUCUAUGAGGGUUCAAAUAUAUAUUGA